AUGACGGCUAAGCACCACACGCUGCUUUUGGAAUUUUGGAUCGACGUCGGCUUCCUAGCAUUCAGGAAUCACGUACUCCAUUUCAGACCUUCGGACCUUCUUAUGUAUAAAGACGACAAUGCGAACGCCAUGUUUGAACAGGGCACCGAGGGGACUGUCGCAAUCAAGGCCACAAAAUAUAUCGAGAAGGGUGAAAUCAUUCGACUCGCAUGCCCCGAACCCUAUUUCUGCCCCUGUCAACUCUGUGACACUGCACGAUCUCAACAACCACCGGAAUUGGACAGACCAAUAUCACCAAGCUCUCGGCUACGGGCAUCUCCCAAUGGCGCCCAAAGCGACAAGCAACAGACAGAGGAACGACGGCCAGAAUCGAGCAAAACAAGCUUGCCAAGCUCUCAGCGACCGAUGUCUCCCAGCGAUGCUCCAAAUGUCAACCGAAAAAUCAAUGAGGUUCGAGUUGAGCAAAGAGAUUCGGCCCAGGACAAUUCAGCUCAAACCAAUCCGGCUGAAGAUCAAGAGCCCAAGAUCAAACUCUCUCGACGACAGAAAGUCAAGCAGGCAUGUAAGAGAGUACCAAAAAUGUUCAGAUUCAAGAAGGAAACCCCCGCCGUUGUAGAGCCGUAA